CCGCACAGUUGGUAACGUCUUUAGUUGGUGAGAACGUGAUCUUACAGACGGCGCUGGUCCUCUUACUGGUGUACGUGUUGACUUUGUGGUUCUUGAGCACACCUAAAAACCUUCCACCAGGCCCAAGAGGAUGGCCUGUCGUCGGUAAUAUCUUCUCUCUCGCAAUGGGCCACCGCUUUCUGACGAUGACGGAAUGGGCGAAGACGUACGGACCUGUCUACCGGAUACAGCUGGGGAAGGAAACGAUGAUUGUGCUUUCCGAAUAUGACAUCAUACACGAGGCUCUGGUGAAGAGAGGAGAAGACUUUUCCAGCAGAUCAGCUAAUAACCCCUUAGUCAAACUUACCAACCCAAAGAGGAUAGGUAUCAUCUACGCUCCUUUCGGUACUCCAUGGAAAGAGCACCGAAAAUUUACUCUGAUGUCUCUUCGGGAGUUCGGCUUCGGGAAAAGAAGUUUGGAGGGGAAUAUCCUGGAGGAGUCAGUCGCUCUACAAGCAGAAAUCAUGAAGAUGGUGAACAAACCGUUCGACAUUUGCCGCAUGGUCCAGAAUGCCGUCACUAACGUGAUCUGUUCUAUUGUGUUCGGAUCCAGGUUCGAAUACAACGAUGACAAGUUCAAACGCUUGAUGGACGCCCUAAACCAAGUAGCUUCCACCAACAUUUUGGGCCAGCUGGCCAUCUUUUUCCCCAUCUUGCGACGUUUUCCAGGAUUGGGACGAGGCGCACAAGUUAUUGUUGACACAGUGCGCACCAUUAAAGCCUACAUAAGAGAAGAAAUGGACUCCCAUAAGAAGACGUUCGAUUCCAAUGACAUCCGGGACUUUAUCGACUCGUACGUCAGGGAAACCAAAUCUCGCGAGAACGACGACGAGACCACGUUCACUGACGAGUACACAGAAAGGGUGCUGUUUGACUUGUUCAUCGCCGGGUCAGAAACCACCCACUAUAUAAUGAUACAAAAAUCCAUUCAUAUAAGCGGGGGAGGUAUAUGGUUAUUAUUAUUAUUAUUAUUAUUUUUUUUUUGCUUUUUGCCCCGACUCGUCUUGAGCAGCUGUCUUCAGAUGUAUGAGACUUUCGUUGUUGAGAACAGAAAACGCAUCUUGUCGUAUAAAGCCCGCUGAUUAUCUACAUCACGUAUCAACCCUGCCCUAUACCGGCCUGCGAUCUUUUUUGUUUUGUUUUACAGACCAACUUGUGGUCCGUCCACCACGACCCGGAACAUUUCCCGAACCCCGGAAAGUUCGACCCCGGCCGCUUCUUGGACGCUCAGGGACAGUACCAGAGGGACGACCACGCCAUGCAGUUUGGUAUCGGACCGCGCAUGUGUCUAGGGAAGCAGCUGGCAGAGAUGGAGCUCUUUGUGUUCUUCACUUCCCUGCUGCAGCACUUCACCUUCAAACUGUCAGAGGGCGCUGCCAACCCUUCCACCACGGGGAUCAACGGCAUCACUCAUUCGCUCAAGAAUUUCGAACUCGUAGCUGGGCCACUGGUUUAGGGUCGCUAUCGUAUGUUAGCUUGUAGAUUUUUGCCGGUGCACCGGCUUAGAGGCGAGAGAAGCCGUUCGUUCAACGGCUGCAUGCAUGGAUCGAAUGCAUAAAUGCAUGCAUGGAUCGGUCAAUUUAACCAAACUCUUCUUAUAGCCCUUCUAUACGCCCGAUAACGCAAUCGGCUAGCGUGGCCGAGCGGUCUACGAGGUCGGUGGAUAUAACGAUUUGCAUUUGUAGCCGUGGAUCGUGGGUUCGAACCCCACUUGUAACAAUUUUUUUUCUUUG